AUGGCUUGUUACCUGGUCAUCAGUUCGAGACAUCUCAGCAAUGGGCACUACCGGGGCAUUAAAGGAGUCUUCAGAGGGCCCCUCUGCAAGAACGGAUCUCCCACUCCGGAUUUUUCAGAAAAGAAGUCCACAGCAAAGGCCCUAGAGGAUGUAAAAGCAAACUUCUACUGUGAAUUAUGUGACAAGCAGUAUCACAAACACCAGGAGUUUGACAAUCACAUUAAUUCUUACGAUCAUGCUCAUAAGCAGAGACUGAAAGAAUUAAAGCAACGGGAAUUUGCUCGAAAUGUAGCUUCCAAGUCAUGGAAAGAUGAAAAGAAACAAGAAAAAGCACUUAAACGACUUCAUCAGCUGGCUGAGUUAAGGCAGCAGUCAGAAUGUGUUUCUGGAAGUGGACCAGCAUACAAAGCCCCCAGAGUAGCCAUAGAAAAACAACUCCAGCAAGGAAUUUUUCCAGUGAAGAAUGGGAGAAAGGUAUCUUGUAUGAAGAGUGCUCUUCUCCUUAAAGGAAAGAAUCUCCCCAGAAGUAUUUCUGAAAAACAGCGGUCCACUGUGCCAAAUCGACAUCAGUUACAAACAGACAGACGUUAUUUGUUUGGAAAUCGGAUAGCACAAACAUCUUCAAAUCUCAGCAAUGCAAAUCACAGAACAGGAGUAUCAUUUUCUUUUUCCAGAAAAGUGCACCUCAAAUUAGAAUCUUCAGCUUCAGUUUUCAGCGAGAACACAGAAGAAACCCACGAUCGUAGCAAGUCACCCAUCUAUAAAGCAAAACAAACUUUGGAGAAAUGCAAGUGCGGCAGGUUUGCAAAUGAGGACACACACCUCACCAAGGAAAAAGAUGUAAACAUCUCACCAAGCCAUCUGGAAAGUGUUUUACACAACACCUUCUCCAUAAGCUCUGAACUUCUACAAGACAAAAAUGACUCUAUUGAUGAGACAUUAAAAGAUGCAACUGGCAUAUGUGCUUCUUCAUUCUCUAAAUCUACCAUGCACUUUUCAGAUGUAGAUUUUACUCCCUUCAGCAAAGAAAAAGAAACUAGAAAUUCAUUAAAGAACACCUCAGAAAAUCACAUUAAUCAUCCAUGCCAGGCAAAUGCUCCCUCUCACCCACCAAGCAUUUAUCAGCCCAGUAAUGCCAAGAUAUUUGAAUGUCUGGAUGAGUUUUCAUCACCAGAGCCAAGUGAACAAAAAAACACAGUGCAUCUGAAUCUCAAUUCCAGAAUGGAGACCAAAGGAAAUUCUUUAGAUGAAACAGAAAGAGUUAGAAAAAAUGUGCAAAGACGUGUAAGAGAAGCAUGUCCCCGUGAGGCGACACCCAAAAGGUUGCCUUUUCUUCAUGUGCAAAGCAGAGAUGGCCACACAACUCUCCAAUGGCCUUCAGAACUUCUGCUCUUUACAAAAACAGAACCCUGCAUCUCUUAUGGCUGCAACCCACUAUAUUUUGAUUUUAAACUUUCUCGGAACUCAAAGGAUGGCCAUAACUUAGAGGACUUAAAAACAGAAUUGGAUAAGGAGUCCUUGGAAGUAAAGACGAAAAUCGAGAGCCAAGUCUUAGGUUUAAUCAAAGACUCACAGAAAUUGAUCCAAGAAGAGAAUCGGUCUCUGAAACCAAAGAUAAUGGUAGCUAAUCCAGAUUGGGAAAAUGUUCAGAGAAAGUAUAAUUUGGGCUGUAAUGAUUCUGACCCAAAUAAAGGUCAAUAUAAUUUUAGUGCAAGUGAUUUGGAAAUGAAAAAUCGUGAAGUGCCUGUUUACCUCGAUAUGUCUCUAAAAGAUUGUGUAGGAAAGAAUAAUGAUGGUGAAAAUGAAUAUAAGGAACCUUCAAGGGCUCAUCGGCAAAGCUGCCAAAAGAUGGUUUUAAAUGACGUCAAUGAGGAUGUAUCUUUUCCUCCCUACAAAACUAGGAGUAAAAAGCAUAAACUGAUUCCCUGUGAUUCUCAUUUGGAAUUUGAAGAUGAAAAGCAAUUAAAUGGGAAUUCUAGUCAUUACCCAGUGGGGAAUUACAGUGACCAUGGAAAGGACUUGGGUGUAAUUUUGAAUAAAAACCAUUUCAAUAUGACCAGAACGGUUUCUGGAUAUCAAAACCAAGGUUACAAUUCAUGUUCCCCAAAGUCAUCGAGCUCUUUGGACACAUCCCCCAGCAGCAUGCCCAGUCUGAGACGGACUUGUUCAAGUCACAAGUCCAGUGGUGAUGGAGGUGGUAAUUUGCUCCAUUUGUGUGAAGGAGAACACAACUCAGUUGAACGGCACAAAAAGAAACGCAGAAAGCACAAUUGCCUCUACCUGCCUGAGGAGACAACCAAGAGAGAUUGUCUGCAGUCUGAAACACACAGAGACAGGAGUUGCAAACUGUGGGAGUCACUUAAGAAUGAAAAAUACUCAAGACACAGAUAUUGUCACUGCAGACAAAGAUACAAACUGGGCAGAAAUCAGCUACAACCUUCAGGGCCGAAAUCCACCAGAAUCACCCACUGUGAUUCUGGCUCACAGGUUUCCUGUGCUGAAAAUAGCGAAAAGCCACCUAAUUGUCAGGGACCACAACACAACAGAUUGGGCUCUUGUACACGAGGAGGAAUUUAUUACUUAAAUAAAAGGGAAAGAAGUCAAGAGUCUUUGGGCAGCCCUCACAUCUGUGAUUUGGGAAAAGUCAAGCCUGUGCAGUGUAACUGUGGAAAGAGCAACUGCCUUCUGAGGAACUGUGCCCAUGGUCCUUCAGAAGCCACAAAAUUGAGCAUUACAGAGGCAGAAAGGACUCCCCUGACAGCCAAAUGCCUUUUAGAGAGAGUACAGGCCAAGAAGUAUCAGGAACAAUCAACACAUUUUGAGGUCUCUUCCAACAACUGUAAAAGUGAAUCAAAGACUCAUUCACAAAUCCAAUGUGCAAUUCAACUCGUACCAGCAUUGCCUUUAUCUGAAAAGAUACAGAACGCAAGUAAAAGAAGAAAUGAUAAAAGCAGUGUGGUUCAAAGGACUACUGAGAAAGACAAAACCCAAAGUUCACAGACAAAUAAUGUUACUGUCUUAGCAGACACUGAUUGUGAUAACCAUCUUUAUAAAAGUACAACUCAUGUAGUAACAGAGUCUCAGUCACCAAACAUUAAAACGAACUCAGCAACACAAGAACAAUCAAAGCCUCUAAUUAAUGAAGUUCAACAUUUUAUUCAAAGCUGUGUCCCAGUACCAAAUGACUUCCCUGGUGCUUCUCCAUCUAAUAGAUAUACUGGUGUUACUGACUCGACAGAGACCAAAGAGGACCCUGUAAAUCUAGACUUACAGGAUGUAAGCAUGCAUAUGAAUCAUGGAGAGGGGAAUAUGAACUCUUACUAUGAUAAAACUAUGCAGAAGCAUGACAAAGUGGAAGAUGAAUUAGAAGUGUGUCAUAAAUCUCUCUCUCCCCCUUUAAUUCAACAGCCCAUAACAUUUUCUCCUGAUGAAAUAGAUAAAUACAAGCUCCUACAGCUACAAGCCCAGCAGCACAUGCAGAAACAACUCCUAUCAAAGCAUCUUCGAGUCUUGCCUGCUGCAGGGACAGCUGCCUUCUCUCCAGCCUCAGCUGUACAGACCGUUCCCGUGCACCAGCACGCUUCUAUCACCACCAUCCACCAGACGUUCCUGCAGCAUUUUGCUGUUUCUGCAUCCAUAAGUUCCCAUAGCAGUCACCUCCCUAUAGCUCAUCUGCAUCCUCUUUCACAGCCACAUUUUACUCCUAUCUCAUUUUCAACUUUAACUCCAACCAUUAUCCCUGCACACCCCACUUUCUUAGCAAGUCAUCCCUUGCAUUUAGUCACUGCUGCCCCCUUCCACCCAUCUCAUAUAACACUUCAGCCACUGCCUCCUGCAGCAUUUAUCCCCACAUUGUUUGGUCCUCACUUAAAUCCAGCCACAACUUCUAUCAUCCACUUGAAUCCUUUAAUCCAACCAGUGUUUCAAGGUCAAGAUCUUUGCCAUCACUCUUGCUCCAGCUAGACACAGCAGUUAAAUGGAAUGAAAGAGGCCUUAAACGUGUCUACACACUUUAACUAAUAAGUGUUAAAGCCCCUCUUCUGGAUAAAUUAAAGAAA